AUGCCUCCAAAACGCAAACAAAACCCUCGCACCGCUGACAAGCCUGGACCAGGAAGACCCAAAAAGACCAAAACCGCCACCACUAACGAUGGCGGCCUUCAUGUCCCCAGCCAAGCCAUGAAAAGCACCUUCAGCAAGCCACCAGCCCCAACCCACCCCUUCGCCCCCAACGAACUCCUCAAGAGCCUCCUUCCCCGCUCCGGCUUCGACUACUCCAUGUUCCACCUCGUCCACCCAGAGGGCAUCAACCACGAGAACUACCUCGCCAUGGACCCCGAGCAUGCCGACUGGCUGAUCACCGCUCUCUUCAAAAAUAGCGGCGUGAACCCCUAUGCCUACGGCUACGAUUAUCAAAACCAGGUUGGUACGCGUAGCCACUUGCACCUCGUCGUCGAAACUGGUCUGACGACCCUCUUCAAUGCGCUCCACGACGUUGUCAGUGAGUUGGAUCUCACCGAGUGUAAGCUUGUCGGUAAUGACACCGACAAGGCCGGUGCCGGAUACCUUUCCCCCUUUUGGGAGCAGGUAGUUGCUGAUACCAAGUACUCGGGGGCUUGGUUUCAUGUUGGCGGCUCUCAUCGGCAGCAGGUAGGACACCAGGCGCAGGACAAGCCCGUCGUUCUUGGGGGUCAGAAGUGGAAAGUGCCGAUAAGUUGGACAGGGUACCUUCGCACCAAGCCGCCCAUGACUCGAGCCCGAGGCCGUGAAGCCACGGUCCCGUAUCUCUGCUCCAUAUCUCGCCCCAAUCCCGAACAGAUGUACUGCAUACCCUCUCCCGAACAAGUGCACUACUUCCCGUCCGGGGCUCCUCCGGGUCCCGGAUACAAGCCCCUCAUCACCAUGAGCAACACACCCGACCCCUGCUCCCCGUCCACCAGUGAAGGUCUCCAUAAAGCUUUUCUAGCCUUACACUCUCUCAUGGCGCUCAUACUCGACGCGCGCGAGUACGUCAUCGAGCGUCCUGGCCGCUUUCCCUCCCGUAACCUUCCGUCCAAUGACCCGCUUAUCUUGGCUAUUGACCAUUUUCGGGACUACCUUGAAGCUGCCUUUGAUCCCUCGGACGAGCCCGUUCAGGGGGCCUUUUAUUCCUACCAUGCCACCUUGUUCCGCUUGGAGCUUCCCGUCGCGGCCGGACUGUUUGGAGGGUCGUCGGACGUGGAGGAGGACGAGGACGACGAGGACGACGAGGAUGAAAGGUUGUCAGAUACAGAAUCCGAUUACGCUUGUAGUAGUUAUGCUGGGUCUGUAUCAGCCAAGAAAUUUUGGAGAUGA